CUAGGCGGGACGGUCAUUGUUCUCCUAAGCUCGAGGAAAAGCGCCCAGGCUAGCACCAUCUCUCGCUUUCGGGCGAAACUUUCCCUAGCUACCGCUUUCUGGGCUUGGGAUGGGUCUCCACUGCGCGACCUUCCCUUUCCUAGAGCGGGACGCUCAGCGAACACACCCACAGUCACCUUUGCGCGCUCGUCUGGAGCCGGCUUGGCACACAGCGCACCCCAGCGGCCGCGUGGCCACCUUCUAGCCCUGGCCACUUGGCUUCCGGAGAGCUCGCCAGUAGCCGCCGUGGCCGCCUCGGAAUCUGGAGACUGCGAGAGCCAGAUCCCAGCGAAGGCGCGGAGCUGCUGCACCCUGCCCCGCCCGCCACACCUGGGAUCGGUGAAGACCGGGAGAGGCGGGGCGCGGCAGGAGGCUGGCCCUGUGCCGGAGCAGCUUCGCCGAAAGCCGGCCGGACUGCAGCUAAGGCGAAGGGGGAGGGUCUCCAGGCAGAGUGCCGCUCCUCCAAGGGAGGGACCCCAGCUGGGGUGGAAAACCAGCACCAGCGAGCCGCAGAGACGCGCCGCGCUGAUCAUGGAGCCGGCCGGCCCCGGCUCCGCGCGCCCGCAGCAGCAAUGGGACCGGGACUCCGUAGAAGCGUGGCUGGACGAUCACUGGGACUUUACCUCUUCUUACUUUGUUAGGAAAGCCACCAGAGAAAUGGUCAAUGCAUGGUUUGCUGAGAGAGUUCACACCAUUCCUGUGUGCAAGGAAGGCAUCAGAGGCCACCCAGAAUCUUGCUCUUGCCCCUCACAGCAGAGUCCCCGUGCAGAUAGCAGUGUUCCUGGAACACCAACCAGGAAAAUCUCUGCCUCCGAGUUUGAUCGGCCUCUUAGACCCAUUGUUGUCAAGGAUUCUGAGGGAACUGUGAGUUUCCUCUCUGACUCGGAAAAGAAGGAACAGAUGCCUCUAACCCCCCCACAGUUUGAUAAUGAUGAAGGGGACCAGUGCUCCAGACUCUUGGAAUUAGUGAAAGAUAUUUCCAGUCACUUGGAUGUCACAGCCUUAUGUCACAAAAUUUUCUUACACAUCCAUGGACUCAUCUCCGCUGACCGCUAUUCCCUGUUCCUCGUCUGUGAGGACAGCUCCAACGACAAGUUUCUUAUUAGCCGCCUCUUUGAUGUUGCAGAAGGUUCAACACUGGAAGAAGCUUCAAAUAACUGUAUCCGCUUGGAAUGGAACAAAGGCAUUGUGGGACAUGUGGCAGCUCUUGGUGAGCCCUUGAACAUCAAGGAUGCGUAUGAGGAUCCACGGUUCAAUGCAGAAGUUGACCAAAUUACAGGCUACAAGACACAAAGUAUUCUUUGUAUGCCAAUUAAGAAUCACAGGGAAGAGGUUGUUGGUGUAGCCCAGGCCAUCAACAAGAAAUCGGGAAAUGGUGGGACAUUCACUGAAAAAGAUGAAAAGGACUUUGCUGCUUAUUUGGCAUUUUGUGGUAUUGUUCUUCAUAAUGCUCAACUCUACGAGACUUCACUGCUGGAGAACAAGAGAAAUCAGGUGCUGCUUGACCUUGCUAGCUUAAUUUUUGAAGAACAGCAAUCAUUAGAAGUAAUUCUAAAGAAAAUAGCUGCCACUAUUAUCUCUUUCAUGCAGGUGCAGAAAUGCACCAUUUUCAUAGUGGAUGAAGAUUGCUCCGAUUCUUUUUCUAGUGUGUUUCACAUGGAACGUGAGGAAUUAGAAAAAUCGUCAGAUACUUUACCAAGAGAACGUGAUGCAAAUAGAAUCAAUUACAUGUAUGCUCAGUAUGUCAAAAAUACUAUGGAACCACUUAAUAUCCCAGAUGUCAGUAAGGACAAAAGAUUUCCCUGGACUAAUGAAAACACCGGAAAUGUAAACCAGCAGUGCAUUAGAAGUUUGCUUUGUACACCUAUAAAAAAUGGAAAGAAGAAUAAAGUGAUAGGAGUUUGCCAACUUGUUAAUAAAAUGGAAGAGACUACCGGCAAGGUGAAGCCUUUCAACCGAAACGAUGAACAGUUUCUGGAAGCUUUUGUCAUCUUUUGUGGCUUGGGGAUCCAGAACACACAGAUGUACGAAGCAGUGGAGAGAGCCAUGGCCAAGCAAAUGGUCACGUUAGAGGUUCUGUCCUAUCAUGCUUCAGCAGCAGAGGAAGAAACAAGAGAGCUCCAGUCCCUAGCGGCUGCUGUGGUACCAUCUGCCCAGACCCUUAAAAUCACUGAUUUCAGCUUCAGUGACUUUGAGCUGUCUGACCUGGAAACGGCACUGUGCACAAUCCGGAUGUUCACUGACCUCAACCUUGUGCAGAACUUCCAGAUGAAACAUGAGGUUCUUUGCAGGUGGAUUUUAAGUGUUAAGAAGAACUAUCGGAAGAAUGUUGCCUAUCAUAAUUGGAGACAUGCCUUUAAUACAGCUCAGUGCAUGUUUGCUGCACUGAAAGCAGGCAAAAUUCAGAACAGGCUGACUGACCUGGAGAUACUUGCACUGCUGAUUGCUGCCUUAAGCCACGAUUUGGAUCACCGUGGUGUGAAUAACUCUUACAUACAGCGAAGUGAACACCCACUGGCUCAGCUCUACUGCCAUUCAAUCAUGGAGCACCAUCAUUUUGACCAGUGCCUGAUGAUACUUAAUAGUCCUGGCAAUCAGAUUCUUGGCGGCCUCUCCAUUGAAGAAUAUAAGACCACGCUGAAAAUAAUCAAGCAAGCUAUUUUAGCUACAGACCUAGCACUAUACAUUAAGAGGAGAGGAGAAUUUUUUGAACUUAUAAGAAAAAAUCAAUUCAAUUUGGAAGAUCCUCAUCAAAAGGAGUUGUUUUUAGCGAUGCUGAUGACAGCUUGUGACCUUUCUGCAAUUACCAAACCCUGGCCUAUUCAACAGCGGAUAGCAGAACUUGUUGCGACUGAAUUUUUUGACCAAGGAGACAGAGAGAGAAAAGAACUCAACAUAGAGCCCACUGAUCUAAUGAACAGGGAGAAGAAAAACAAAAUCCCAAGUAUGCAAGUUGGAUUCAUAGAUGCCAUCUGCUUGCAACUGUAUGAGGCCCUGACCCAUGUGUCGGAGGACUGCUUCCCUUUGCUAGAUGGCUGCAGAAAGAACAGGCAAAAAUGGCAGGCUCUUGCAGAACAGCAGGAGAAGACGCUGAUUAAUGGGGAAAGCAGCCAGGCCAAGCGGAACUGAGUGGCCUGUUCACACAGAGUUGAAGUUUACAGACGGUGUAUUCUGCAGUAUGCCUAGUUUUGCUAUAUACACUGUACCGAUUUGGUGUAUACUCUGCCACUGCUGUAUUUUUAUUUUUGCACAACUUUUGACAGCAUAGCAUGAAAUGUUUUUAGAAGACUCUUGCAUAUUUUCUGUAUAUUUGUUUUAUGCCACUGAACUGAGAUUAUCAGUGACCCCCACUCUUAGCACUUAGGUAACAGCGCUAUUUGUGAUAUUUUGUGUACUGCAAAGUACAAGCUGCAUUCUUGCACUGAGAUGGUUUUUGUUUGUUUGUUUUGCUUGGGGACUUUAAAUAAUUGGUUUUGUGUUUUCUGAAUUACCAGUCUUUCAAGAAUGUUUGGAAUUUUUUCUUUCUCAAAAAUAGGCUAGGAGCAAACUGAAUAUAUUCUGUGACAUUUAAAACCUUCAUAGGAUAGAGAAAAACAUUGGCUGAGUGGAUUUUAAGGGGAAUGGGGUAUAUUUGUCGACAGUGUUUUACUUUAACAAAAAAAAAAUUGAAACUCUGAAACAAAUGGGAAGUACUGGAAGGCAAUAUUGUAAAGAAAAGCUAAAAUUUAAUUAAUCUGCUUUUUUUUUGUUAGAGAACAGGUGGGAGAGAAAUUUCUCAUUUCAGUGCAGUACAUCUAUCCAAAGGCUACCUAUAAAGUUGCUUCAGUCUACCCUAUCUGAUGGAAAGCAGGGGAGACUGUGGGAGAAGACCCAGCACUGAUUUUUCUACUUUACUGAGGGACGAGUGUGAUCCAGAGAUGGAACGGCCAAGGCUGUCUGGCAGUGAAGUAAAUGUUCUGCUGGAGGACACUUCUGAGAUUCAGUGAGUGUUUUGAACACUGAACUUCCUUUUAAAAUAACUUCCUUAUGUUCACCUUAUAAGCCAUACUUUGUACGUUAACAUCUUAAAACUCAAGAGAAAAGCAAGAAAAAGUGAUCGUGGGAGCACUGGCUUGCAGCGAGAUAUGACUAUGUAGGAUAACAGGGUACAGAAUGAAUCUCUUUUUUUCUCUCUCUCUUUGUUAAAUGGAGUAUAGAGAAAAGUUUUAAUUGUAUAAACAGCAAAGGGCUAUCCUUGAUAUUGGGGUCAAAAAUUAAACUGAGGGAGCAAUAUGGUAAGAAACAUUAAGCCUGAGAAAAGCUUAGCAGGAUUGAGUUUGAUUGAGAAACUGCCAUAUUUUGGUUUACAGGACUAGUCAACCCAGAAUCACAGAAGUUUGGGUAAACACCCUAAACACUGGUCCUGAGCUUGUAGUUGGUGGUGCCUACUUCUCUUAGCUUAUUUUAGUACAUUUAGAAAAUGUUAACAUUUUCUCAGAACUUGAGCCCAUGUAAGUGUAUUGCCGUUGUACAUGUGUGCCCCUAAAAGCACUCUUCUUCCAUACUGGACAAGUGGAUAAUGAAUUGAGCACCUGGUUCAGGAAAAGAAAAUCUGCUCCAAAUAUGCGGUACUGUUUGGACUCGGGGAAGAGUAGGAAGAGAGGUAUUUAUUUGGUCUGUUAAACCCUUUCCCUACCCUCUAAAAAAGUUUCUAAGUCUCUAUCACUAGUUUGGAUAGAAAAUCUCUUAGGGAUAUGGUAAUACAGUAUCUUGAAGACUUUUCACUAAAACGUUGUUUUCCGUUCAUAUCCUUUUUUCCCCCUAAACUGCCUAAAAUUCAACAUAUUCAUUAAGUUUUUAAAAUUAUGUGCGUGUGUAUGUAUCUUGACAUAAACUGGCUUUAUUCUUGCCGUUCAGGUUAAAAAAAAAAAAAAGCAAAGCAAAUUGUAUUGCCAUUACUUUGUAGUGGUAAAGGCUAGCCUAGAAGGUUCUCAACUGUUUAAUGUUAUAUGUACUAUUAUUGUUGUUGUAACACUUGCAUUUUUAGGAUGUUAUUCUGUUUUUAUUUUCUGUCAUACACAUGAGAUCUGUAAGGUUGACUCUUGGUGGCACUGGUGUGUAAUCUACACAGGUUGUCGCUAAAAUAAUGUAUCUACGUAUCGGUAUACACCUACGCAUGCAGACAUAAUUCCCUAGUGUAGAAAAAUUGUUUUAAGAAUAGCAGUCUUUAAUAACCUAUCUUUUUGUCAUACACAUUGUGAUUUAGCCGUUAUGCUAAAAUCUGUAGUCAAAUACUUUAGUAGUUUGUCUACAGCCCUCUAAUAUAUGUCACUGAGAUUUUUUAAAGAUAUAGUAGACUAUGUCUGGAGGAUUUGUAUGUGUGUCAUUUUAAUAAUCAAGAAGAUAUAUUUAGGUUAGAAAUUGUUUGGUUUACCUUUAGAUAAUGGUUUAUUUUACUUUACUAGUUUAGAAAUUGAAAGAGGUUAGGCCAUGCCAUGCCUAUUUUAUUUUAUUUUGGGAUAUUUUAGAUCAUACAGAAGAAAAGUGCUUUUUUAGAACUGGUUAGUUGGUUCAAAUAAUUUUUAAUUUUUAGGAAAAUCAUUCCAUACAUGGGUAUAUAUCUGGUACCUGGGCACAAACUUUGUUCUUAUGUGAAUAUUUCCUUUCCAGUGUCUUUUCAAGUUGUUAAAAUAUAUACAUGUAGUCUUCCCUCACCCUGCUCUGUAUCACCUGUAACUAGCAAGAAGCUGUUCUUUUUCUAGAUUAGUUUGUUUGGUUUUGUUAUAGCUGAAUAACAUGAUACCAUUUCAUUUCAAUUUUCAGCCCCCAAAGUCCCCACUAUUUUACUAAGUUGUAAGAAGACGUCUAUAAAAUUCCUGGCCCUAUACUUCCCAUAGGAUUGCGUGUUGCCGGUCACUAUCCUGUGGGAACUUCUGUAAAUCUCUUAACUUCUGUGGGCGUGAACAAGUUGCGCUAUUAAAGGAAUUAUGUUCAGGCUAAGCCUUGUCUCCAAGGAGGAUGUCACAGAAGGUAGCUACUGUGUAAGCCCAAACGGGCCCUGGAGGCCACUGUCAGAAAUGGGCUUUCAGGCCACAGAGCACGCCAUCUAAUCCCAUGCGUCAUUUCCUGCGCUGCGUUUCCAAGACUGAAAAAAGACAGUACAUUUAUUUGGCUUCUCAUGCCGAUCACUAGCGAGUGUGAGAUUUAGAGCUCUUUGAGCGCCUCACCUCAAGGUACAAACCCUGGACGACGAUGUUGUCACCACUGAUCUCUUUACUACGAAAAAUAGUUUCCUUCAAUAGAAGUAAUGGAGAUAAGAAAGUGUAUGAAAAUAUACUAGAAAUAUUGGAUUGUGGGAGGAAACCCAUCACAGAUAUAUUCUUGCCUAGCAGUAAAGUGCCUUUAUUUGCAGCAUAGAGCACAAAUGUUAGACCUACUCCAAUUUGAUUUUUGAUUUUCCUGUGUUUUUCACCAGAUUGUAUUCCUAAAACUUUAUGGGCCAUCACAAGCAAUGCUGUUUUGUUUCAUUUAGUUUUUUGUUUUGUUUCACAAGAUUGAUUUAAGUUGAGAGGGGCGAAAGUGUGACUGCUCUCCUCUCCGGGGAGCAACUGUAGCUAAAAUUAAGUGAUUUAACAUAACUGUUCAGUAUCAGACAUGGCUCAGUCCACCUACUAUUGAGUUCCUGCCACAUGUCAGGCACUGUGCUCCACAUGUGGAGACAGAGCAGUGACCUUGCCGAGCUCACAGUCUUUGCAGGGAUUGUUGGAUAAGAGACCAGCUUCUGAUCCUGCAGAUUUAACGUGAAAAUAUAGGGUACAUCUGUCACUUUUGUUUUCAUCUAUAACAUAUGUAUUACAUAGUUUUCCAAGGACUUUCUUUACCUGGAACUUACUAAGAAUUGUCAGUGAACAUCCUGUCUUCUUACAAGUAUGAAUCACUUAGCCUGCUGCUAGCUUAAAGAACACCACAUAUAAGUAAGGAGUCAUAUAUAUUCCACUACAUAGAUUAUUUUUCCAUAUGCUAGCCAGGUAGAGAUUACUCAGAGUUCUCCUGGACUGGUAAGUUGUGCACAGUUUUGGACCCCUUCUGCUCCACCACAGGGAGCGAGGAAGAAAGUAUUAAAGCUCACUUUGCCCUUCCAUAAGCUUCUCAAAAGCCUGUGUAAACAUGUCUUAAUAAAUGUUGAAAACCAUGUAUAUAGUUGAAAAUAUAAAUUUCUAUUACAGUUUAAGAAAAGAAAACCUUAAGAAUCUUCACUAGCCACUGUUAAUAUCUAUUUGUAUUCUUAUACCUUUUCAAUACAUUUGAACAAAUAUAUAGUUUCUGGCACUAUUUUUGUACUAGGAUAAAGGAGUUACUAUGUAUAUUAUGUUUAGCUCUUAAGUCAUUUUAAAUAAUUGUGAAUGUUGAUUUCCUGUCUUUCCUUCUCCCCCCACCACAAGAACUGUUUCAGAUGACUCUUCUGUGACAAAAUCACUUUAAAGGAACACUUACCCACCUGUGACCCCUAUAAUGCCAAGUGAUGGUCAGGGUGGUUUUCCAUUGUGCAGACUCUUCACUUGUCAGUUGUUUCCUCAUUUUGCCGUGCUUUGUAAAAAUAAAAAGAAGAAUGAACAAG